GGUGCCCUGAACGCUGUGGGGCUGAGAUCAGGACCCCGGUAUGAUCUGGGGUCAGCCUGUGUCUCACAUGAUGUGGGGCUCUGUCCCGGACCAUCCCUGGGGGUCAGGCCCUCCAUGUGGGGUGGGGCUGGGGCUGUGCCCUGUCUAGUUUGGGGCUGGGGUCAGGCCCUGCUGUGCCAUCUGGUGUGAGGCUGCAGCUCCUGUUUCCCACGGAAUGGAUCCCUUUGGGAGCCAGGGCUGGGGGACAAUCACGCAGACACUGUGACAUUUGCAAGGGAACCGCAGCUCCGUCUCUGGAGCAGGGGUGGAGGUGAAAACAAGGUAGAAAAAUGAGUCAUGGAGGUCUAGAAGUGACAGGAGCUGCAAGAGUAAUUUCUGUCCUGUCUCCUGCUGUAGGGCAGGAGCCAGCUUAGACCUGGUAUCAAACCUGUUCUUUAAAGAUCCUGGAAUAAAGAGGAGUAAAAGGGAAAGUAGAAAUGAAAGAAGUGUGGGAAGAGCCUGUGGGAUUUCCUCGCUGGGCUGCUCUUCCCUUCCCUGAGCCUUGUUUGACAGUGCCGCUCUCAAGGGCAGUCUGAAUUUGUGUUUUUAUUUCAUGCAGCAGAAUCAGUAAAAUGGCCAAGCCUGCAGGCAUCAGCCACAGGUUCCCAAACCAAGGAUUAUUUCCCUGACUCAGUAUUCCCCCUCCCCUUUAAUGAAGACAUUUCAUUUGUUCUCACAGCCUAAAACUUCCAACUUCCACAACAUUUUCUCAUCGGUGGAGAUGAGAUAGAGGAGGAUGCUGAACACUGGAGCUGAAUGCAAGAAAUUUUCAAUGGGAAGAGAACAGGCAGCCAAAGGCAAGUCUGAGACAUUAAUUAGUUAAUUAGGGUAAAAAUAAAGAUGAAUGUGGGAAAUCCCAGAGGUUGACAGGCGCAUGAUUCCAGCUAAAUGUUUUCUUGCAGACACACCUUCCAUAAACACAUUUAAUUUGGCUUAGUCCCAUUUUAGAGAGGGGAAAACAGUGGUGCUGAGAAGAAGAUAACUGUGAUCGGGCAACAUUGGCUGGGGGCAGAUCCUUCCAACACCUCCUUUCUGCUGCUUGACCUUGGCUGCAAUCAUUCCUUGGGAUUUUCAGGGCUGUGCAGCCUCUCAGUGAGGUGUGACUGUGGUGGGUGUUUCUCUGUUCUGUCCAUGAGGAAGGAGUUUUCUCCUCAGUCUGUGGAGCAAGGAUGGGCUCCUGGAGGUAUGGGUUUCCUGUGGGUUCCAUGCAGGGUUGAUUUUGCUGGAGACUCUGCUGUCAUAUAAUUGCAUAUUUAUUAAUUUAAACAUUAGAUAACUAUUCACAUUCGUUUAAAUACAUGCUUAAUUCUCCUUACCAGCAGACUUUGGCUGUGCUGCAAUGAGAGAUCUCACAAUGGUGGAGGUCGGAUGGUGGAAUUUCAUUGAAAUUACCUCUGGGCCUUACACCCCAAACAGGUCAGAGUAUUCCUUGCCCACACACAAACCUGCUGCAAGGAGGAAGAAGAAAAGGAGGAGGAGGAAGAAGAGGAGGAGGAGGCAGUCCCUGCCCAGCCCUGUAAUUAAUCAUCACAGUCUCCCAACAGGUUUUGAGCCCAUCUGAAUCUCCCUGCACAAGAGCACCACACUUGUACACUUGAGUGAGCUGGAUAAUAAGUCUGGAAAGCCUGUCCUGUGCUUGGCCAGUCCCAGAAUCCACCCAGGCAUGAUCCAGGACUGGAAAUAUCCCUCUGUGGUGGUUAGAGAUGCUGCUGUUGCCUGGCCCCAGAGACAGCGCUCCGCAGCCGUGCCUGUCGCCUUCGGGAUUCCUCCUGCCCCUCCUGUCCUCCCCAGCCCAGCCGCAGAGGGGCUGGAAGAGUGGGUGAAGUUGCUCCAACCCCCCCAUCCCCUUCUUCCUUCUCCUCCUCCUCUCUCCCAGGAAAGCUCCCCACCAUCACCCAGAGACCCCCAGGAAGAUGCCAGGGCUGAUUAACCGGGUGACCCUGUCCCGGCUGCCCCUCAUUGCAUCCGAGGUGACAUCCUGCGUCAGUGGCUAUGCCUUUGGGAUGACAGCUCUGCUCACCUACCACAACCCAGAUCCCCAGGCUUUGGAAGGUCUCUUUGUGUACCCCUUGGAUGAGGGCACGACUGUCGUGGGCUUCGAGGCAGCCGUGUCCCGGCGCACUGUGACAGUGCAGAUCAAAGACAAAGCCAAGAUGGAUGACACCUACUUCAACAGCUGCAGCCUCCCCCCUGGAAGAGCUGGUGAUGGAAGUGGAAGGAUUAUGAUGGAUGAGGACCUGGAGAGGAUUGUUUUUGUGGCCAACCUGGGCAUGAUUCCUCCCCUGGAAAGUGUCUCCAUCUUCAUCAGCACCUCCUCUGAGCUGCAGACACUACCCAGCGGGGUGGUGAGGGUCCUUCUGCCAGCUGUGUGUGCUCCCAGGGUCCCCCAGCCCAGCCUGGAGAAUGCCAGCAGCUUCUCCAGCCACCAGCUCCAAACCAGGGACAAGCACCCCUGUGGACUGGGGAGCCCAGAGCAGGGGAGCAGGUUCUGCCUGACUGAACUGCUGGACAGUGAGGCCACCAACCCCUUUGAGUAUGAAUUCAGCUUCCAGCUGGAGAUCCGAGGGCCGUGUUUGCUGGCAGGAGUCGAGAGCCCCACACACGAGAUCCGAGCAGACGCUGACCCCUCGGCUCGCUCUGCCAAGAGCAUUGUGAUCACGCUGGCCAACAAACACACCUUCGACAGGCCCGUGGAGAUCCUGAUCCAUCCAAGUGAGCCCCACAUGCCCCACGUCUUAAUGGAAGAGGGUGACAUGACCCCUGCAGAGUACGAACGACACCUGAAGGGGAAGAACGAUUUUAUUAAAGGCACUAAGAAAGACCCCAGUGCCAAGAAAAAGAUGGAAAUCAUCAGGAAGCGGCUGAACAAGGACAUCCCCCACCACCCUGUCAUCAUGCUCAACUUCUGCCCUGACUUGAGGGCUGUGCAGCCAGGCCUCCGGAAAGCCCAGGGAGAGUUCAUCUUCCUGGUAGACCGCAGUAGGAGCAUGAGUGGUGUGAACAUCAGCCAUGCCAAGGAUGCCCUGCUGGUCAUUCUCAAGAGCCUGAUGCCAGCGUGUCUCUUCAAUGUCAUUGGGUUUGGAUCCACCUUCAAGACCCUCUUCCCUGUCAGCCAGGCCUAUUGUGAGGAGAGCCUGCUCAUGGCCUGCCAGAGCAUCAGGAGGAUCCGAGCUGAUAUGGGCAGUAUCAACCUCUUAUCCCCGCUGAAGUGGGUCACCCGCCAGCCCCUCCACAGGGGCCACCCCCGGCUGCUCUUCCUGCUGACGGGCGGGGCCAUCAGCAACACUGGGAAGGUUCUGGAGCUGCUGCGGGACCACUCCCGCUCCACCAGGUGCUACAGCUUUGGCAUCGGGCCGAACGCCUGCAGGAGGCUGGUCCGGGGUCUGGCUGCCGUGUCCAGGGGCGUCUCCGAGUUCCUGGCGGAGGGCGAGCGGCUGCAGCCCAAGAUGAUCAGAUCACUGAAGAAGGCGAUGGCGCCGGCCCUGAGCGAUGUGUCCGUGGAGUGGGUCUUUCCUGAGAGCACUGAGGUCUUGGUGUCCCCUGUCAGCAGCAGCUGCCUGUUCCCUGGUGACCGCCUGGUCAGCUACGGUGUCAUCUGCGACACCUCCCCGUACCUCUCCAACCCCAGAUCUGACAAGAGGCGGCAGUACAGCAUGAUGCAUUCCCAGGAGUCGGGCAGCUCUGUUUUCUUUCACUCCCAGGAGGAGGGAGCAGGCCUGGAGAGCUGGAACUACUCCAGAGACUCGGAGGGGUCCUGCCCCGCCGAGCACUCCCCCGACCACCUGGGCGUGGGCAGAGAUCCUGGGGGAGAGUCGGACAUGGACACGGGAAUGGACGUGAAGGCUCUGUCCAGGAGACGGGCAUACAGCACCACCCAAAUCUCCGACCACGAGCCCCGCAGGAAGGUGCCCACAGCCAGCGAUCCUGGCACAGCCCUGGUGAAAAACCCCCUCCGGAAAACCCACCUGCAGGACCUGCAGCAGGUCAGCCCCGAGCCCUGGCAGGUGGAUUUCCAGCCCCUCCCGGCCAUCCCACAUGGCUCUGCCCCCAGGACCCGUGGCACAGGCGCCCGGCGCCCGGCCCUGCUCCAGCACAGCUGUGUGUCCUUCUGCCACGACACCGCCGCCCCGGCACUGCCCGACGGGCUGCAGGAAGCCCCGGGAAGGGGCUUGGGAGCCCUCGAUGCCAUCAGGAGCCUGUGCUCCUCGUCAGACAGCCGGAGCCCCGGGGAUCUGGAGUCUGCUCAGCAUCCAUCCCUCACCUUUGAGACAGAGACCUCCUCUGACUGGGAGCCCCAGGACCUGGAUAUCGGCACUGCCUGCAGCUCCCCGUGCUCCCCCAGGACCCUCUGCAAGGCAGUGGUCAAGGGGCUGAGGAACAAUGAGCCUGUGCAGUGGGAAGUCACGUUUGAUAUCCAUCCUCUGUUCCGGGAGCGGGAGAGCCAGGAGGAUGGUGACACAGACCUGUGGAGUGAGACCUUCCACCACCUGGCAGCCCAGUCACUCAUCCAGGACUUCGAGCAGCUCGCCGAGAGGGAGUGUGAAAUCGAGCAUGGGUCUGGGCGACGGUUCCAGCUCAACGCUGUCCACACCAGCAAGGCCUGUAACAUCAUCAGCAAGUACACAGCCUUCGUGCCUGUGGACCUGAGCACCAGCUCCUACCUGCCCACCCUGGUCCAGUACACCCACACAGGAGCAACAUCCAAGCAAGGCAACCAGAGGAAACAGAAGAGUUCAGGAAGCAGAAGACAUCGUGGCUGCUCCCCUGGGCGUCCUCAGUCAGCAUGUGGCCAGAACGGAGACUAUGGAUUUAACAGCAUGAUUGCAGAUGCUGAGGAGAGCAGCCCCUCACCCUCCAACACCCUGUCCUCAUCUGCCUGGGAGCACUGCCGUGUUCCUGAAGGGCCUCUCCACAGCCUGUCUGCUUCCUCUGCACAAGCCCAAAAAUCCAUCGAGAGGCUCUUUGCUGCCAGGCUGACCCUCAAUAAAACCAUGCUGCUGGUUCGAGCUGCCAAAGGCUUCAUGAGUAAAUCUCCAAGCAGAGGGAACAAAGCCAGCUCUGAGGGUGACAGUGAGAGCAUGGACUACCUUCCCCUGGUGUCCCUGCAGCUGGCCUGCGGUGCCUUCCUUCUGAAUUCAGCCUUCUGCAACGCCGUCAACAUCCCCAUGGAGAAGCUGAAGUGGACAUCACCCUUCGCCUGCCACCGCCUGUCCCUCAGCCCCUCCGCCUCCUACAGCAGCAGGAGGAGCAGCCCCGGCUCGGAGCACAGAAUCCUGAGUGGGCAGGGGAAGGGCCCCUCCAGUGGAGCCCCGGCUCGGGGAGCAGCGCCGGAGGACGCCGGCCGCCCUCGGCACCUGUCGGGCAGCGCGGCCGAGAGCAUCUCCCGAGCCCUGAGGGCCGAGAAGGAGCUGUGCCCCCCGGCCAUCACCAUCCGCAGCUUCUCCUCCCCCGCCGGCAGCGGCCGGGGCUGGGACACGGCGGGCUCCGAGCUCCAGGCUUUGCUCGGUGACCUGGAGCUGCAGCAGCAGACGGAGCCCGAGGGGAUGCUCUGGGCCACGGCUGUGGCCCUGGCCUGGCUGGAGCACAGCUCAGCCUCCUACUUCAUCGAGUGGGAGCUGGUGGCUGCCAAAGCCAGCCUGUGGCUGAGCGGGCAGGACUUCCCCCAGGGAUCCAGCCUGGCCACGGUGAAAGCUGCAGCCCAGCAGCUCUUUGUGCUGCUCCGGCACUGGGAUGAGAACCUGGAGUUCAACCUGCUGUGCUACAACCCAGGCAGCGUGUAAGAGGAGGAGGGAGGCUUGGGCAGAUCAGUGAGGGCAGGGGAACAGGGAUUUGUCCUUAAGGAAAUGCCUCCAAGGAGCUCAGCUCCUCUGCUGCAGAGAUGUAUGUGUUUAUUAGAGCAAACCCUGCAAACAGAGCAGCCUGGGCAAAAUCCUGCACUCAGCAGUCAGGAUUUUGCCCUAGAAGGGAAUCUACCACUGCCUGCAGUAGAUGCUUUUUAUUUUCAGCUAGAUCAGCAUUUCCACCUACAGCAGUUCCCUCUGAUCCUGGUUUCUUCUGGUCCAAGCCCAGUCUCCAGAGCAGAUCUUGUGGCCCACUCCACUUUCCCUGUCCUUGCUUCGAUGCCUCUUCCAGCUCUGAAUCACUGCCAAGCCCCUACUGCAGCCCCUCAGCCCCGAAUCCCUGCUUUCCUGAGGCUUCUGCCUGGCUCCUGCCAUCUCAGAUGGCUUUCAGAGAAGGCAGAGGUCUGACAACAUGCUCAUCUCAUGGAUAAGAGGGAAUCUGAGCUGGGAAUGAGCAUGUGAGAGCAGCCCCGCUGUCACAGCCAGGAGAAUGGAGCCCAGCCACACACAAACAACCCGGGCCAGUUGGAGGCUGGGACCAAACCCCAUCACAUCCACACAGUGCUGUGCUCCCUCAGGCCCUCUGCAAUCCCAGCAGGAGUUUGUGAGAUCCCUUGCAGCCAAUGUGUGCCUUUGGAGCUUCACAGGCAGAGCCAGGGUCCGGGAUUGAAGUGCCUACAGGGGGAGUUGUGUGCCACUGUCCCCAGAGUGGCUGCAGUGCCCGUGGAACCCGCUGCCUUUUGCUCCCUCCCUUGGCAUGUAGCAGCCUUGCCUGGCCCAGCAGGCUUCUGUCUGGUGUCUGUGUGUCCAGGGUGACACAGGAGGGAAAGCAGUGCUUGGGACCAUGGGCACCCCUCUGAUCUCUCUCUGGUGUCACCUCUCCAAGGUCCCCAGGACCGUGCUCCCCCAGAGCAUCCCUCUGGUCUCUGCUCUCCGUGUGGCCUCUCCAGGGUCCCCAGGAUUAUCCCUCUGGUUUCACCUCUCUCGUGUCUCCAGGAGCUUCCCUCUGGUCUCUGCUCUCAGUGUCAGCUCUCUGGGUUCCCCAGAACCUCGAGCACCCCUCCAGUGUCUGCUUUGAUGUCACCUCUCUGAGGUCCCCAGUGUGGCAAUGCUCAGUGGUGCUGCGGAUUCACCAGUCUGGUGCCUCGGCACAGUCGUGUUCUCUGUUGUUGCAGAAGUGUUGUUGUCCCAGUAAAUCACAGCCUACUGUA